UUUGGACUUGCCAGUUCCGUUCCAGUCCACACGGCGGCAGUAGAGCGCCGCAAGGUGGUUUUCCAACUUCGAUCAAACCGUACAGGAAGAAAACAACAAUGUAGCCGAAGGGCUAAUGCUAAUAAGGAGGACGUAAAAUAUUACAGUUAGGCAUGUUUCUGAGGCAACUUUAUAUCGUAGACAAGCUAAAUUAAUUUAUAGAAACCCAAGAUAACGAAUAUUAGACCAUAGCGAAAGAUAAAACACAUCCAAGAAAUGCAGGCUGGUGAUUCGGUAGUUGGUGCAUCAAUGGGAGUAGGUGGUGUUCAGAGUCGGUCAGAGGAUGAGGACUCUCUUGGUGUAAAAGAUAUGAAGAGGACAGCAACACAAGCCUUUGGCAGUGGUGUACCCAAGCGGAGAAGCUCAUCCAGGUCAAUAAAGAGAAAGAAGUUUGAUGAUGAGCUUGUGGAGAGCAGUCUUGUGAAGUCCUCCAGUAGAGUCAAAGGCCCCCCUGUCAUAGAGCCUGUCCGCUGUUCGGGAAGUGAGCCUUCAUCUAGUGAGAAAAAAAAGGUGACAAAAACAGGUGCUGCUCUCACACCACCUCUCACAAUGGUGAUAAACCCUGCGCCCAUGGUCAAAAGAGUGAAGAAAAGCAAGCAGCCUUUACACAUAACUAAAGACUUGGGACGGUGGAAACCCACUGAUGAUCUACUACUAAUAAAUGCUGUGUUACAGACUACUGACCUAACGUCGGUUCAUUUGGGGGUCAAGUUUAGUUGCCGUUUUACUUUGCGGGAAAUCAACGAGAGGUGGUACGCUUUACUGUACGAUCCUGUCAUCUCAAAGCUGGCAUGGCAGGCCAUGCGGCAGCUUCACCCAGAAGCGAUUGCUGCCAUCCAAAGCAAAGCUCUCUUCAGUCAAGCCGAGCAGGCGCUGCUGGCCAAGAUUGGUUCGACUAGUCAGCCCAAACUGGACGUAUUUCAGGAGCUUCUAAGCAAACACCCUGGUGUCUUUCAUCCUUCACGAACGCCCAAGAGUCUGUUGGUGCACUGGCAGCUGCUUAAACAGUACUACCUACUGGAUGACCAGAGUGUACAGCCCCUCCCUAAAGGUGACCAAGUCCUCAACUUCUCUGAUGCGGAGCAGAUGGUUGAUGAUGUGAAGUUAAAGGAAAGUAGAGAUGAGGUGUUGGAACAUGAGCUGAUGAUUUCUGAUCGUCACCAGAAAAAGGAGAUCAGGCAGCUGGAGCAGGAGCUGCCUCGGUGGCAGGUUCUCGUCGACAGCAUCACAGGAAUGAGUAUGCCUGACUUUGACAACCAGACGCUGGCAGCAUUACGGGGAAGAAUGGUGCGAUACCUUAUGAGAUCGAGAGAGAUUACUCUGGGGAGAGCAACCAAGGACAAACAGGUAGAUGUAGAUCUGUCUCUAGAGGGGCCUGCCUGGAAGAUAUCAAGAAAACAAGGAGUUAUUAAACUGAAGAAUAAUGGAGACUUCUUCAUUGCUAAUGAGGGAAGGCGGCCCAUAUACAUUGACGGUAGACCAGUCCUGUCGGGCAACAAGUGGAAACUAAACAACAACUCGGUAGUGGAGAUUGCAGGUCUUCGCUUUGUGUUUUUAAUAAACCUGGAGCUCAUCUCACUAAUAAAAGCUGAAGCAGCCAAGAUGACACAGCAGUGAAAGCCAGCGUGGAGCAGCAGUCCACGGCAGCAGCUGUGGUGUUCCACACACGCUGCGCAGAGCCGCCCGGCUGCAGAGAACUGGACUGACAUCAGACCUGUUGAACCGGAAAUGUGAAUCUUAACUAGACUACAGCGAAGUCCCAGAACAAAAUGGUAACAGCUUAUGCGUCGUGUGUGGAUUGGCAAGUUGUAAUGUAGACACUUGUGGUAUUGCUCUGUUUUUUUCCAGAACAUUGUAUUUAAAUUCUUUAGGGAAGCCUUUUUCAACAUAUUAAACUUGUAUACGGAACAUCCUGAUGGUUUACUCAGUUCUUUUGGUGGGUACAUUUGUCAGUUUUAUAAAUUCUAGUGUUUGUUCACUCCAGGUCUUAAGGAGUUAACACAACAGAUCCCGUGUCAGUUGCAACAUAUACGUGAUUAUUGUACUCUGAAGAAUCAACUUUGUUCAGGAGUAGUUAUAUUCAUUUUGGGGAUUUUUCUUUUGUGUUUAUUCCAUAGCA